UAAAAAUGUCUAUUUUAACAAUGUAUUAAUCUAAUACAAAAUCAGCCCUAUCAAAGGUACAAUCUCUUGGGGCUGUUACAUCCACUCCUCUUAAAACCAACAAAUCUCUUCAACAAGAUCGAGAAUUAUUGUACAACAGUCAACUGAUGCAAAAAGCAUUAAUUGAAUCAUGUAAAAAGGCUAAGGAAAACAGAAUGAACUCUCCUACUUAUAAAGUUACUGACACCAUUGUUUAAGUAAAUUAUUAUCCUACUCAGGCCAAUUAAGAUACACCGCUAUAGAAAUCAGGGAAAAAGAAGGCCUUAUUCAGUGGAAUCGACUCCCAAGCUGACCCAGUUAGAAAUGUACACACUUCAUCAAAUAAAACGAAUGUGAAAUUGAUGAUGUUUAAUGAAGGACAUUACAUGAAAAAAUAUCAAUAAUAAUCAACAGAAAUUCAUUAAGAAAAAGAUUACAGGAGUUCUAUCAGAGUUUAUAAACCAGAACAAAAAACUGAAAGUGAAUAAAAAAGAUUAAGAAAGAGUGUUCCAGGUUAACCAACAGCCAAAGAUCCAAUUUUAUCACCAGAUUCUAAAGUUGAUAAAAAGGUACGCAAAUUCUAAAAUGUUAAAUAGCUAAGAAUAUCUUGUCUAUAAAAAUCAGAAUAAUAAAGCAAAAUGGAAAGCAUUAGAACUUAUGGUCAUGCAAACUCAUCUUUAGGAUUUCGUAAUAGUGUAGCUUAAGGUCAGAAGGAUGAUACUAGCCCUAUGAAAAUGAGAGAAAGUAACACUUACAAAAGUGAUAUGAAAAGUAUAUUAAGUUAAAAUGAAACACUUUAAAAAUUAGUAAUUUUAUUAAUUUUACAAUAUGUUAUAGUAUUCAAGAACUGAUUAUAAAGGAUGUGACAAUAUAAAGAAAUCAAAAAGAAUAAGCAUUAAAAUGGAUGUUCCAAGACCUACAUCAGCAUUUGCUUUAUUUGAUAAAUGA